AUGGCGACCGCCGACGGCCAGUCCCAGCCUGCGGCCACCGAACCCUCCCCAUCCCCGGCCAAGCGUAAGACGGACACCGGCUCCGAGAUCUCUCCCCUCGACCCACCCGCCAAGGCCGCCCGCCCCGGCGCCGACGAGGAGGCGGCCGCCGAGGCCAAGGCCCGGGUCGCGGACAAGGGGAAGGGCAAGAUGGUGGUCGAUGAGGAGGAAGAAGGCGACGAGGAAAGCGACGAUGAGGAGGAUGACGAGGAGGUCGAGGGAGAUGGCGACGAGAGCGACGGCUUAUGCGAGGAUCCCCUCUCCGAGGUCGACCUCAACAACAUCCUGCCCUCUCGGACCCGCCGCUGCGCCCCAGCACAGCCUGGGGCGUACCUGGUGCCACCAGAGGAGGCAGGGGAGGAUGACGAGGACGAUGAGGACGCAGACGUCGACAUGGCUCCCGGGGAGGAGAGCGGCGACGGGGAGGAGAGCGAUUAG